AUGGCUACAUCUAGCCCCGUGCUCAUCAUUGGCGCUGGCGCAUUUGGCCUCUCAACGGCAUUGCAUCUGUCUCGUGCAGGGUAUACUGACAUUACCGUCCUCGACAAAGAUGACUCGGUUCCGCCUCGUUACUCGGCAGCCAACGAUCUGAACAAAAUUGUCAGAGCUGAAUACGAAGAUGCAUUCUAUCGAGAUUUGACAUUGGAAGCUAUAGAGGCAUGGAGAAAACCACUCUUUGCGCCGUAUUAUCAUCAGACCGGUUUUCUUCAUUGUGUUUCCAAGGCAGCUCCCGAAAAGGCAGUUGAGACUAUGAAGCGAUUCUGGGAAUCGGCAGAAAAGCAUAGUGAGAUGUGCCAGCAGUUGGUAACUAUGAACACUAGGAAGGAUAUAAUUGACCAAGUCUGGCAAUUCCAAGAUGGACCUCUCACAGGUUGGCGAGGCUACCUCAACCGUUAUGCCGGAUAUGCUCAGUCCGGACGUGCACUCGCUGCCGUCUACCGGGAGCUCUGCAAAGUGGGCGUCAAGUUCCAUCUUGGUUCCGGCAACGAAGUAACUCAAAUUACCUACGACAAGACAGUUUCGACGAAUGGCGGCGUAAAAGCGGCACGCGGUGUAAGGACAGCCAACGGUAGCUUCUACCCAGCCAAACUCGUGAUCGUGGCCGCAGGUGCAUGGUUACCUCAACUCAUUCCAGAGAUCGGCUCACAGGUUGUUGCAAAAUCAUGGUCUGUUGCGCAUGUCAAGCUCACAGAAGAAGAGGCAUCCGCACUUAAGGGAAUACCAGUCACAUAUGCUCGUGACUUGGGCUUCUUCUUUGAGCCUGAUCCGACGACCAAUCUACUCAAACUGUGUCCCAUGGGCGGUGGAUUUAUUAAUACCGACCCGAAAACAGGGCUAUCACUGCCACCGAAAGGGUAUUCACGAAGUGCAUUCAUGCCUGAAGACGACGAAAAGAAGGUGCGACAAUUGCUAUCACAUACAUUACCUCAUCUUGCGACACGGCCUCUGGUAAACAAACUACUCUGCUGGUUUGCUGACACAAGCGAUUCGGACUACAUUAUUGACUACGUUCCCAAUACGGCGUCUUCAGUCAUCGUCAUGUCGGGUGAUUCUGGACACGGAUUUAAAAUGUUUCCCAUUGUGGGAUCGUGGGUAACGGACUUGCUGGGUGCCAAGGAUGGGGAGCAGCAUGAGACUCGGUGGCGAUGGAAGGCGGCAAAAGCACAAGGUUCUAGUAGUGAUUGGGGAGAAGAUGUUAGUUGGAGAGUCGGUGAAACGAGGGAGUUUUCUUCGAUUGAACCUACAGUGUCAAAAUUGUGA